AAGCUUGAUUCUAUCACUUUAUUUUUAAAGUUUUUUUAAUAAAACAUAAGUGCAUCAUGAUAAUUUUAUUGUAGAAUAAUCAGAAUCAUUGAAAAGAAUUCUUGAAAUCUUUUAUUUCAUUAUACAUCUUUAUAUAUAAAAUGUUUCGCGAUUGUCGUGCUUGUGUACAUAUUUUUGGGAGUGACAUAACCUCGAAUGAUUGUUUACCUGUUUACGCAUAUUUCUAAAUAAACUUUAUUAGUUAUUCAAUAAAGGUACAUGUUAACUAAUUUAAAUAUAAUUUUAUAAACAACAUUUUAAAAUAAAUGCAUUUGUUAUUGAUAUUGUGUGUUAAGCAGAAUGAGUGCAAUUCACAAUGUGUGGAAAGAGAAGAGCCCUUCUGCAUGUUAUACGUUCUUACAAAUUUAUUGUAAAUAAUACAUCAAACAUUGAAGAUCGAAAAAUACCUUGAAGCAAAGUCUUUGAAGCAUGCCAAUUUGGACUAACUACUUUAGAUAUUUUCGUCGACGGACAAUACUUGUGAUUAUUUGUCUCUUAUUGUUUAUGUACUUUUUAAUCAGUUUAUUGCUUUAUGAGAAAAAAGGACUAGCACUUGGAAAUGAUUUCGAUGAUAUGGAUAAUAUGAAUUUUGGGGAAAAUAGCAAUGACAUUUUCAACGAUGAAGAUGGAUUGGAAGAGGUGGCUAGACCCUCUGACAGACCGUUGUUGUGGCAAAUGGAGGUGAUGAAUGAUAUUGGGAAUGCCAUUUCUGCAGAGAUUCCCUUUGUAGAUAGCGUUAAUGAUAAUGAUACUUUUGUAAAAAGUUGUCGUAACUCAGUUCAAGGCAAGUUUCUAAUUGUUGAUGAACAGGGUUACUUGUGUACUACAUACAAUGUACUUCCUAAUGGCUGUUGUAAUCCUCAUGAAUUAGAAAAAACUGCGAUGUUAUCAAACUCAGUGCCUUUGAUAGAAAAAAUCAGGUAUCCUUGCACAUCAUGUAAUCCCCAAGGGUGCUGUGAAAUAUAUGAAUACUGCGUUUCUUGCUGCCUUGAUCCUAACAAGGUCAAAAAAAAGAAAAAUACAGUGUCAGAACGAAUUCGUAAAGAAAAUAUACAAUUGCGGAAAGGUGAGGACAUUUUGAAGCUGCGUUUAAGAAGCCUCGACCGUUUUCAGUUGUGCCUCGCAGUAUGUCGUACCUCUAGUACGAGCGUCGAGCACGAAAAUACGUACAAAAAUCCUAAUUUUAAGCAUUGUUACCUUUCCCAAUUGCCUGGGAGCGGUUCUGCCGUACAAAGACAUAAAAGACAUUCGAUUGUUAUUGAAAAUGGUCAUAGUAAGAAAAAUAAUGAUAAUAAUAACGAGAACGAUCUCAAGAUCGUUGUUACAUCUUCUUCUGCUGCAGAUUUUAUAGACCUUACAUGUAAUUCCUUAUCAACAAUACAUCCUACUGCCGAUUAUCCCAACAAUAAGUUUUUUGAGUAAUGAUUUUAUUUGCUCCACAAAUUGUUUUUGUCCUCAUUUGAUGCCUUUUAAAAAAUUAAACCAAGUUGUUUUGUAAAAGAAAAAGAAACAUUCCUACA